AUGUCUACUAAGAAACCUGUUGUCAUCAUUGGUACCGGUUUGGCUGGUCUAUCUGCUGGUAACCAAUUGGUUAACAUGCAUAAAGUUCCAAUUAUCAUGUUGGAUAAAGCUUCUUCAAUUGGUGGUAAUUCUACCAAGGCUUCAAGUGGUAUCAACGGUGCUAGUACUAUCACUCAGCAACAACUGAAUGUAAAGGACUCCCCAGAUCUGUUUUUACAAGACACUGUUAAAUCUGCCAAAGGUAGAGGUAUCGAGUCAUUGAUGAAGAAACUAUCUCAAGAUUCUAAUUCUGCUAUCCAUUGGUUACAACAAGAUUUUGAUUUGAAGUUAGACUUAUUGGCUCAAUUAGGUGGUCAUUCUGUUCCAAGAACUCAUAGAUCUUCUGGUAAAUUGCCACCAGGUUUUGAAAUUGUUCAAGCAUUAUCAAAUAAGUUGAAAGCAAUCUCUGAAAGUGAUCCUGAAUUUGUUAGAAUUCUAUUAAAUAGUAAGGUUGUUGAUGUCUCAGUUAACAAUGAAGGUAAAGUCGAAAGUAUUGAUUAUGUAGAUGCUGAAGGGAAGCACCAUAAAAUUGCCACAGAUAAUGUUGUAUUCUGCUCAGGUGGUUUUGGUCAUUCUGCCGAAAUGUUAAAUAAGUAUGCUCCAGAAUUAGCAAAUUUGCCAACUACCAAUGGUCAACAAACUACUGGUGAUGGUCAAAGGAUUUUAGAAAAAUUAGGUGCUGACUUAAUUGAUAUGUCUCAAAUCCAAGUUCAUCCAACUGGGUUUAUUGAUCCUGCUAACCGUGAUAGCAAAUGGAAAUUCUUAGCUGCUGAAGCAUUAAGAGGUUUAGGUGGUAUUUUAUUAAACCCAUCUACUGGUAAGAGAUUCGUAAAUGAAUUGACUACUAGAGAUUUAGUUACUGAAGCUAUCCAAUCUCAAUGUCCAAGGGACGACAACAAAGCCUUCUUAGUCAUGAGUGAAAAGGUUUAUGAAAAUUACAAGAACAACAUGGACUUUUAUUUGUUCAAGAAGUUAGUCAGUAAGAUGACCAUCAAAGAAUUUGUUGAAACUUAUAAAUUACCAAUUUCAGCAGACGCUGUUACCCAAGAUCUAAUCGACUACUCAGUUGAUAAGACUGAUAAGUUUGGUCGUCCAUUAGUAAUUAACGUGUUUGAUGAAAAAUUGACAGAAGAUUCAGAAAUAUAUGUUGGUGAAGUUACACCAGUAGUUCAUUUUACUAUGGGUGGGGCCAAGAUCAAUACUGAAUCUCAAGUCAUCAACAAAAAUGGUCAAGUUCUAGCCAAGGGUAUCUAUGCUGCAGGUGAAGUGUCUGGUGGUGUCCACGGUUCUAACAGAUUGGGUGGUUCUAGUUUAUUAGAAUGUGUCGUCUACGGUAGGAGUGCAGCUGAUAACAUCGCCAAAAAUAUAGAAUAA